GUUUAGAAAGAUGAGCAGUACCGGAGAAGAAAGGUCAGAAGGAAGUGACUCUUCUGCAGAAGAGGAGGAGGAAGAUGUGCAGGAGAAGCCUUUGUAUGCUUUAGCUCCUUUAAGCACCCGGGAGAAGAGCCCAAAAGAUGUGUCUGUGAGUCCAGCCUUUCAGUGUUUGGAUGAGCUUUUGUCAUCUGGAAAAAUCCCUGGAACCAGAGUGGCAGAGCUCAAGGCAAAAUAUACUUUACUGUAUGAAACACUGAAAAGCAUACAAGAAUCCGAAAUACAACUGCUACAAGAUGCUAAACGAUUCACACAUCAACUUGAACAACAACAACAUGAGCUGCAAAAAGCUGAUCAGUUCCCUGAGGACUCCAACACAGAAGUGUCCAGGAUGAGGCAGCAAUUAUUCAAAUAUAACAACAAUCUGCGUGAAGCAGAAGACAGAGAAUAUCGUCUACAAUAUCAACUUGACUGGUUACAAGAGGAGAAAACAGGGCUGGAAAGAGAAUACGAACGAAUGCCAAAAUCUGGGGAGCUAGAAAAAAGGGCCAAAUUACUCAAAGAAGCCAGCGAGGAGCUACAAAAAGAAAAUAGCCAAAGGCUUUUGGAAAUCAAAACACUGAAGGAAGACUUGGCUUUAAAGGAAAAAGAAAUUCAAAAAGAGCAAAAAGAACUUGAGAAGGAAAUUGAGCAACAGGAAAUCAUAAAGGAUGAACUUGUGCAAGUCCAACAAAUCCCUGUACAGCUUGGCAAAGACAUGGAGAAGAUAAACCGCAAAACAGUGGAAACAGAGAAGAAAAAGCUGAAACUGGAGGAGGAAUGCUGGGAGUUAAACCAUAACUUGAAACACAUAGAGAAUAAAACCAAAAAGCUGCUGGAAGAGAAGGAAGAAGUCAUGAAGGAACUAGAGGGCAAGAGAACUCUGCUGGAAAACAAGGAGCAAGAGUUUAACCAUCUCACCAAGAUGCUGGAGUAUUCCAAAGAAAAUGAAGCUGCUUCUCUGGGAGAAAGAGCAGCCCUGGAACUCAAUUUACGACAUGCUAUGAUAGAGAAGCAGAACCAACGCGAUGCACUCACCCGCAAACAUAAAGAAAAAGAAAGGGAUUUAAAGAACAUUAAGAAACUGGAGCUGCAGUUUAAAUCAGCAAAUGAUGCUCUAGCACACACACAGGCUUUAUAUGAUAAGGUCAAAGCAGAGAUAGACGAUUUCCCGAAAGAUGAUGGCGUACUCGUCGAAAAGAGGAAGGAACUGCGCAAGGAGGUUCAAACACUAAAAAGGAAUUUUGCACAACAGCAAACGCUAACAGAGAUGGAGAUACAUGUACUAAUGCAGUGUAUCACUGAGGAAGAACGGCUUGUCAAGCUACAAGCUGAAUGUCGGGAGGAGUUGGUCAACUUAACCCGUUUGGCCCAAAUCAAAGGCGAUGAAAGGGAGCAGAAGUCGAGAGAUUUUGUUAGAGCUCAGCAAAGAUACCAACAAGUUCUGCAAGAAAUUAAGGGGCGGGAUCUGCUUAUUGGAGAGCAUAAGAAGCAAAACCAAGAAGUCCAGAAAAGACUGAUGGAGUUUGCACAGAUGUAUGAUAUUAUCCGCAAUGAAAGGAACAAGUGUGUCAGUCUCAUUCAGAUGGCUACUCAACGGGCAGCAGAACUUCGAGAGAAAUUAAAGAUCUAUGGAAAUGAGGUGGAAAUUUUGAGAACCAACGUCUCCAGCAAAGAAAGACAACUACAGAAGGCUAUGUUGAAGCAGAUCAAUAACCAUAUGAUCCGAGACAGUCUUCGCAAGGAUAAGAGCAGAAUCAAUCUUAUUCUUCAAGAAAUGAAAGAAAUCAGAGAACAGAAGAAAAUGGAGAUUGGCAGACUAACUAAUCUGAUAAACCAAGCAGAAGAGGAUAUGGUUCGCCUACGAACAAAGUAUGAAACAGCAGUGCAGAACAGGAAUGAGAGGGGGGUGCAGUUAAUUGAGCGAGAGGAAGAGGUCUGCAUCUUCUAUGAGAAGAUAAAUACACAGGAAAUGAUACUUCGGAAUGGAGACAUCAAGAUGAUGGAACAAGAUGAAAAGAUCCGCUUCCUAAAGAUGAAAGCCGUAGAAAAGAAGAGACAGAUUGAACAAGUCAAGAAAGAGCUACCAAAUAAGAGGAAUCUGGAAUCGGAUCUAGUGACGGUCCAGAUCCAGCUUUCCCAGUGUAACGACAGAUUAAAUGACCUGGAAACACAAGCAGAAGAUCCAGAGAAAACUAGCAGGAUUCGUAUAGUAGAAGGAAAGGACCUAUCACAGCAAGAGCUUUUGAAGAAAACAGAGGUGCUUGAGCUGCACCUGGCUGAGAAGGAGGAACAUUUGCUGGAAAAGGAUUUCCUCUACGAGCAAGUCUCUAAGCUAGCAGAGAGGAUACGUAUCAAAGCUGAAAAUGGCAAAGAAGACACCCUAGCUUGUGCCAAAAAGAGGAAUGAACUGCAAAACAAGAUUAAAGACACGACUCGUAAAAUGAUGUCCCGCAUUGCAGAGUUAUCUAUGCAGCAAGCCAACUGUAUAAAGCUACAACAAGAAGUUAGAGAUAAAGAUAAGUUUGUUGAGACAUGCUAUGCAAGGAUGGAACAAGGGUUACCACCUAGCGAGGAAACCGAGCAAGAAUGGAAGCGCUUGGUGCGUGAUGAACGUAGACACCAACUUGAAAGACUAGAGAAAACAAAGGUAAGGGAAGAGGAACAACAACAUGCGUUGCCAAAUGGAACCCUCACCACAGCAGAGCAGCGCCCUAAUGCAUACAUACCCGAAGAUGAAAAUGUUCUUCCUCUUCCCCGACCUUAUGGAGCUCUGGCACCUUUUAAGCCCAGUGAGCCAGGCUCAAACAUGCGGCACAUUAGAAAGCCAAUGAUAAAGCCAAUUGAAAUCUAACAUUAGGGAGUGGUAUGGACAGAUGUAGAAUGAGUGCCCCUGU